ACUUAUAAUGAAACUUAUAAUGCUAAAUUUGAAAGCAGAAAAUAAAAAGUUUAUAGUAAAAAAUCAAUCUAAAAACCUAUUAAAUACAUUUGUAUCUAAUUAUUUAAGUAUUUUAUGCGAAGGUACAAAUUAUAAAUAUUUUAUUGCAGCCACAAGAUAAAAAAAAACAAGCAAGUGUUUGUACAUAUUUUAGAUAACAGUAUCACUGCUGUUUUAGAAAAUCGGAUGUACAGAUAUACCUAGUGCCUAGUCGGUAAUAAUUAAUCAUGCACGAAGCUUACGAAGUUUCGCCACUUUUGACUGUUACUGUACAAAUCGAGGCUAUAGCUGCAUAUGAUGGAAAUUUACUAUUGGGAACAAGACAAGGACAUUUAUUAAUGUACUCAUUAUCUAAUACAAAUAAUGGUAAUCAAAGUCAAGGAAAAUAUACUUUGCAGCUGCUCAGAUAUUGUAAGAAUUUUAGCAAGAAGCCUAUUCAACAAAUUGAUGUAAUUCCAGAGAAAAAUUUGCUUCUAUGUCUGUCAGAUUAUGUGCUUGCCACAUAUGACAUCAACGGAGUAAAUUUCCCACUGGUUGAUACAUUUCAACAGACCAAGGGUGCUUCGCUUUUUGCCUUAGAUAAUAAGUCUACAACUUCAAUAACAGGAGAGUCGAAUUCCGUAGUGCGGCUUUGUGUAGCUGUAAGGAGAAAGCUGCAACUCUAUACUGGAACAAAUGGAAAAUUUAAACAACACCUGUUUGAUUUUACGAUGCCUGAUGUACCAAAAGUUUUAGCUUGGGGACAAGAGAAUAUAUGUGUUGGCUUCAAAUCGGAGUAUACACUUUAUGAUCUCUCAUCAGGCAAACCCAAAGAACUUUUUCCCGCUGGCAGCUCUAAAUCACUCGAUCCAACUAUAGCGAAAUAUUCAGAGACUGCGUUUCUGCUGGGCCGCGAUCAGACCUCGGUGCUGGUGGAAGAAGCUAAAGAUAUUGAAAUUAAGAAGACUAUCAAGUGGUCUGAGCCACCCAUAAGUGUAGUAUGGGAUGAGCCAUUCGUUGUAGGUUUACUACAAGAGCAGAUAGUAGUGCAGACUAUAGAACCUCCACUUUUUAUACAAAGCAUUUCGGAACUAAAUAAAGCAAGACUGAUGUAUAGAUGUAAGCGAGGUUUAAUUUUCAUAGCUUCAGUGGGGCAAGUUUGGUGCCUUAGUUCAGUUGACGUCACAAAGCAAAGGAAUCAGCUGCUGAAGGACAAACAGUUUCAAAUAGCAAUAGAUUUAACUAAUUUAUCGGAAUGUUCAAAAGAAGAGAAGGAGACAUCAAUACGCUCAAUUCUCUCACUCUACGCCCACGAGUUGUUCGAGAUGAAGGACUAUUCAGCGUCUAUGAAGGAAUUUUUGAAGCUCAACACAAAUCCUUCUGAGGUCAUAGCGUUAUUUCCAGAUUUGGACGGGAAAGAGUUGAAACACAAGUUGAAAGGGGAAGACUUGCAGAAUGCAUUGAAAGCUUUGAUCGAAUAUUUGUUGGAGUUAAGAAGGAGGUUUGGUGGGAGUGCGAAGAUUGAUGAUGCCAGCGAGGCGGCAGCGGCGGCGGGCGGCCGCGACGACGGCGGCGCCAAUGUGCAGCAGCAACUGGAGUUGAUCGAUACCACGUUGUUGAAAUGUUACUUGCAGACUAACGACGCUUUCGUGGCGUCUCUCCUCCGUCUUAACAACUGUCGGUUAGAAGAUGCUGAAAAAACUUUGUUACAACAUGGCAAAUACAGCGAACUCAUCAUAUUAUAUCAAACGAAAGGGCAGCACACGAAAGCGCUGCAGUUGCUGAGGGAGCAAGCGAAACAGCCUGAUUCUAGCUUGAAAGGAUAUUCCAGGACCAAAAUUUAUCUACAAAAUCUUGGUGCUGAACACAUAAACCUAAUUUUCAAAUUCUCUGACUGGAUUCUGAAAGAGCACCCCGAGGAAGGUCUGAAAAUAUUUACAGAAGACAAAGUAGAGGUGGAAAACUUGCCCCGUCCAAAAAUAUUAGAUUUUCUAUUGAGAGAACACGAAUCACUGGUUAUACCUUACCUGGAACACGUUAUACACACGUGGAACGACACCAAUUCAUUAUUUCAUGAUGCAUUGGUCAGUAUGUACCGGGAAAAGAUUACUGUUAAAAAAGCAAAUCUAACGGAAGAGGAAUUGCAACACGCAAAAUCUAAAUUGAUAACGUUUUUGGAGAAAUCGUCGCAUUAUACUCCAGAAAGAGUUAUUUUGCAUUUCCCGAAUGACAGUCUGUUUGAAGAAAGGGCGAUCAUAUUGGGGAAACUUGGAAGGCAUGAGCAGACGCUUGCUAUUUAUGUUCAAAUCCUAGGCGACGUAGACAGGGCCAUAAGAUAUUGCGAGAACAUAUGUCAAAGUUCAAAGGACAAGAACCAGGAUGUGUACGUGAUACUUAUGAAGAUUCUGGUCAAUCCUGAACACAGCGCUCUGAGUGGACCACUGGCUAAAGUGGCUAGACAUCCUGAUACUGCCUCGCCAGACCUCGAGACCGCUUUGGAUAUUUUAGAGAAACAUGGAGAUAAUAUUUCUGUGCUCAAGGCUCUUUCCGUGCUUCCGGAUAACGUUCUCCUGGCGAGGCUGAAGACUUUCCUGGAGUGCGCGCUCGACGGACAACUCGCCCUCAAACGGCGGACGCAAAUGCUGAAAGGAUUGCUUUAUGCCGAACAUGUGCAGGUACAAGAACUGAAACAGUUUCACGAGUCGAAGAGUGUUGUUAUCAACGAUUACAACGUAUGUCCUGUCUGCAAGAAACGCUUCGGAAACCAGAGCGCGUUCGUGAGGUAUCCCAACGGGGACAUCGUACAUUACUCGUGUAGACUCGACAAGUAGACACGUCCGUUACUAUUAUGCGAGCAAUGUACGCCAACCUCGUUGAGAUCUCGAUAGUAAUACAGGGUGAUUUGAAGUACACAAGUAAUAUCCCAGGACCAGAUGGUUAUUAAAAAAAAAAAAAUCUAUGAUUUCUCAAUCUCAAUAAUAUGUAUGUAAUUGUUUUAAAUUUUAUAUCGUUAUGUCGUAACAUUUUUAAGUCUGUUCUGUCAAAGGACCAUGCGUGAAGCGAUGAUAACUUUUGCGAAUAACUUAUUUGAAUGAUAAGGUUUUUAUCGGUAAUUAAUACUUAUGUAUUUAAGAAAUUAAAAACUGUGAAUUACCAAACGUGUAUCUUGUCCUGUGAGGUUGUCGAUGUAUUACGAGUGACCCUGCAUAUUAUUAAUCAAUAGUAGAAUAAGCUAGUUUGAUGAACCCGUAGAAAAAUAUUUGCUUGAAAGAAACAAAGGUGUAGGCCGAACGAUGUAUAGGGGUAUGUAUCCCAGUCGUCGAGAAAUAACAAUUUUUACAGCUGUCAGAUAUUUUUUUUCGGAAAUAUUAAACGUUUGUCUUGUAAUAUUUUCCUUUUUUUAUAAAUGUUUGUUUCUUUAUAGUUCUUUAUGUUUUCGUUGAUAAGCGGGAGUGUUGAAGAGUAUUACAAUACCGGAUUUCGAUAUUAUACCAAACGUUACCAAUCUGAUGAGAUUAAGAUAGGUACUGUUUGGAUAAACAUUAAGCCAUCCAGUUGAACUGGAAAAUUAGUGACUGGACCAUGACGUACGUAUCAUUUACAGAAGAUAUACAAAAAUUGAAAGGUGUCAAUUUACAUUUAUCAUUUAGUUCUGCUGGCAACACCGGCUUCUUAUUUCUGGACGACUAUUUUUAAGUGAAAUAUGAAUGUACACGGCUUGCAUUUUUUAAAUUUCAUAUAAUCAAAGACGACGUCCAAAAGUAGCUAAACCAAGAAGUUUGUAGAAUACCUAUUUCAUAUGGUAUUUAGGUUUUUUUAUGUGAAAUUUUAUGUAUGUAUGUAAGUCGUUGUACAGUGGAAUUUGUGUAGAUAUAGUGUGAUAUUCUCAUGUAAAAUAUAUACUAUGUAAUCAGUGUAUAAAUAAAACUAUCAUAGCAAGUUAUGAAAUAA